CGACAGUGCGAAUUUCGGUUCCCAUAGUUUGGCGCUAGAAGGAGGGGGAUACGGAUCAAUCUAACCCGCAAAAGCCACAUCACGCUCAAUCAGACAUGACAACUAACGACGCGGAUAACGUGCAGACUCCUCUUAACGGAGGCAGCGGCACCGAUCUCCACACUCCAGCAGCGGACGUAUCCGCGGCUAACGUACCAACCAACGCCGCGGCGCUCGAGGAGUUUAAAAAGAUAUUCGCCACCUAUGAAAAAAGGUCGGAAGAACAGGACAAGCUCGUGAGCACCUUAACCAAACAGGUUGAGACCUUAACGGCAAGGACUCGAGCAAUCCGUCCCCGCGGAACCACUAAAAUCCGCGGGAAAAAACUCGACUUCGCUACCCCACUCGAUAGAUCUAGAGUUGCACGGGAACGACCUUCGGGUCAAAACCCUAGCGAGAAAUCUCCCGUAAAAAAGGGGAACCCAGAGAGUCCUCCGCCUCCCGCAAAAGAUUCGGAGGAUAAUGAAGCCGAACGCAUUGACCUGGAUCCUAGCGAUGUCUCCAACGACACCGAUGAAGACGUCGACAGACAUCCAAGAAGGAACAGAAGCCGAUCAGCUCGGGAAAGCUCUCCGUUCGACAACCCAAUGACGGAAGAAGAGGAAAUCGUCUAUUGGAAUGAACAAGAAGAGCUGGCUGAAAAGCAAACCGAGAUCACUCGCAGUAAACGCCGACAGGCUCGGAAAUCUACUGACGAGAUGUCGGAUAUUCGCGAUCUUCGCGACUACAUCACCAAGACUGCGGCAAAAGUAAGAGCCGUAAAGUCUCAAAUCCAUCACGCUACUAGCGCUGCUCCCGAGAUCGACAGGCUGCUGGAAGGGGCUCGUAAGACCCCCUUCACCACUCGCAUCUCAGAUAUGAGAGUUUCCGAUCCAGGAAAUAUCAAAGUACCGAAAUAUGACGGUACGACCGAUCCGAAGGCGCACCUUCAGGCUUUACACAUUACGAUGGGAAGAGCGAGACUGAAGGAUGGCGAAAAAGACGCCGACUAUUGCCGCUUGUUCGUCGAGAAGGAGCAGCCCUCGAAUGGUUCGCACGCCUUAAACGAAACUCUAUCGGGAGUUUCCGACAGCUCGCAUCGGAAUUUCUCAAACAAUACUCUAAGUUCAUAGAUAUAGGAACUUCCGAUGUCGAUCUCUGGAGUCUAUCCCAGAGAGAAGACGAACCCCUCCGUGAGUUUAUCAGCCGAUUCAAGCUGGUGAUGUCCAGGGUCAGCGGGAUAAGCGACAAAGUAGCCAUCGACGCGCUCAGAAAGACGCUCUGGUACAAGUCAAAAUUCAGAAAAUGGAUAACCCUGGACAAACCGCGGACGAUCCAGGACGCCCUCCACAAGGCAACGGAUUACAUCAUAAUCGAGGAAGAAACAAAAGUUUUAUCGCAAAAACAUAAGUCGGCAAGACCAUCCUCGAAAGACGUAGAUCCAAAAGCAAAAAAGAAGAACUCUCGCAACGACAAGUAUGUCAAUCACGAGGGGGAAGAUCUUCAAGGAGCGCAUAACUACGCGAUCAAUUCGGAUGAGACACUCCUACCUCUCUAAACCACAGGAAAUCAUUUCAAUCUUUUUAUACUUAUAGAUGCUGGAGAGAGAGAGAGAGAGAGAGAGAGAGAGAGAGAGAGAGAGAGAGAGAGAGAGAGAGAGAGAGAGAGAUAGAGAGAGAAAGAUAGAAGGGAAUCAGAGGCACACAGACUUUUACCUUCAAGACUUGCAGGAGGAAUCCGACCUAAUGUAUAUCAAGCCCCAAGACAAGCAGAUUAAGCUCAAUUGUAGGCUAAUAAUGGGGUCACAUGAGACACUCCUAUCCCUCCCUUCCAACGAUGUGUGACCUUUCCAAUAGAGUAGAAUAAUGGGGUCGCAUUAUACACUCCUACCCCUCUAAACCGCAGAAAUUCAUUUCAAUCUUUUUAUACUUAUAGAUGCUGAAGAGAGAGAGAGAGAGAUAGAAGGGAAUCAGAAGCACACAGACUUUUACCUUCAAGACUUGCAGGAGGAAUCCGACCUAAUGUAUAUCAAGCCCCAAAACAAGCAGAUUAAGCUCAAUUAGGUUGGAGCUCAGUUUUGGUUCCUUCAAAUAUUCUCAGCAAGUGUGGAUAACUGACAGGUGAUCCACUUACUUUAUCUAAUACACCAUGCAGUCAAUAAAUCUAAGAGUAGUGCUAGAGAGUGGUUAGAUAAUAAGUGAAAUUGAAAAAGUUCAUUGUCUCCUUCUUGACUCAAUUAAAUUUUUUUGAAAACAUUUUAUAAAACUCAUAGAUAAACUAAAUAUCAGUAAACCUUCCCCAGACUUAAAUUACAUUGUCCCCAGUGUAUAUCUAGUUGAAGUUUGGUGAGAAAAUAAAUCAUAAGUACAUAAUUUGACAAGGAAGAACAAGAUACUUGCUCGCUGAUGUUAGUGUCGAUCGACACAAGAAAGUGUUUGUCGAUCGAUCUCGACCAGGUCUCAUCGGUCGAUAGGCUGAGCAAUCAUCUCCUUGGAUCUUUUUAUUUUGUUUUUUAUGACCUUCAAUAAAUUAAAUACGAAAAUCAGUAAUAGAUUCAAAAUUAAACUAAGUAAAACAUACCUAAUAGUGGGUUGCCUCACACUCAGCGCUUAUUUGUAGUCAUUUAGCUUGACUUUUGAAGGUUGUUUGGCUAGUAUGGAGGUAAUUGACUACUUGCUGGAAAACAAGUGUCUACAUCUUCUCUACUCAUCUGAAACCAUGUACCAACGAAACUUCUUAUAGCUUCAUAUCCUCUGGUCCACUGGUUCUUCAUUAUCUCCCUAGCAACCACAUUAGCAUGCAUCCUUUUCUGAAGAUGUCUAAUACAGCCUUGCUGCAUUCUAAAUCUGGCAUGAGUUGUUUCCACAAUUUCCUCCAAUCUCUGGGAAUAAUUCUCCUUCAUCAAGUCUUGAAAAAAUUAAUCUCAUCAAGCUUGUCUUCUAACAACUUCACUGUUACCAGCCAUCUUCUGAAAGGUGCAUCUUCAGUGUCGAUCGAUGGUCGAGUGGGACCGUCGAUCGAUGGAUAAUCUUCUGCUCGGAUUUCAGUCUGUCUCCGGAUCAUGUGUAUCUCCUCUUUCAACUCAUCCAUGUGUGUAGUCAACCUGGUUAUAUUGUUGUUGGUUGGGUAGUAGACAUCAUCGAUCCUCCUAUAUGAGUCAUCUAGUGACAUCUCAUGGGCUCUGUAGAUUCCAUGUACCAUGUCAUCAGAGUCUGCUUUGCUUUAAGUGUCUGGCACUGGCAUGGUUAAGGUGAUUUUUUCUGCAUAUUCUGGUAGAAAAAUAUGAGUGUGUCCAUCCAAUGCAGCUCUCUCCAUAAUAUCUUUGAUGUCUUCCCUUGAUACAUGAAUUAUAUGCGAUCUACAGCUCAUGCAUUUCCAUGCUCGUCUCUGUAUAUGUCGUAUUCAUCUCUUGUUUCCCAUUGAAAUCUUCUUCUACCGCUAGAAUCACAAGCUCUCUGUCCAAGCUCGUAGAAACGGUCGAUCGAUGGUCGACAUGUCCUGUCGAUCGAUGCUAGAUCAUCUGUUUCUUCUUGCUGACUGAGAGGGUUUCCUGAUCCUCUAGCCUUUGCAAUAAUUUCUUCAACGUGUUUAGAGAUGUACAUAACUCGUCCAUCUAGAGCACGUGUUUGUCCUUCUGAAUCUCUGAACGAAACUCAUCUGCUCUGAUAUAACCAAAAUUUACAUCUAGCUCUGUUCCGUGAUGAGUAUCGAUCGAUGGUUUAAGGUUUAUGCCGAUCAAUGUUUCCCCCUGGUCUCAUGAGAAAUUCGGAGAACUCCUGCUUUUUCCAUGGGAAGGCCAUGAUACUCAAUGGCUUCCUCUUCUUUGUAGUCCUCAUCGUACUCAUCAUGCUCUCUUUCACUGAUCUUCCUUUUUGAAGGUGUAGCAGUCUGGAUUGCAAAGCUAGGUUGGUAGUAAUCAUUCUCCCAACUGUUGAUAGAUCCUUUUGGGAAAUUUUCUAUCAUCAUUCGCAGGGUCACUGUUGAUCGGUUCUUCCAAUUCUUUGUGGAUCGUCGCUUCAGACUUCUUGUAUAUCGAUGCUUCAGGUUGAGUGUCGAUCGAUGCUUCAUUCUCCGAUUCUACUUCAGCGUCUGGGUCGCAAAAACAAACUGCAAUGAAUCAUGGAUCCUCUCCAAUCUCUAUAUAUCCCGUGUGUUGCUUGACAACUCUCAUAGGAUCAUAGUAGACAGUAGGGUCUAUGAGUGUCAGGCAUAACUUGUUGGUCUGCAUGUCGCAAACUGCUCCCACACUAGCCAUAAAGACUCUCCGAAGUAAUAGAGAAGAAUUUCAGUUGAGCUUGAUGUCCAGGACAUGGAAGUCAACUGGAACUAGGGCACUACCAAUCUGCACCUCAAGGUUUCUGAUGAUUCCUCCUAAGCCCCUUUGAGAACAGUCCACAAAAGUGAAUGAAUCCUCUGAAUGCUCUAUAUUCAGACCUAGAUGGUCUGCCAUCACCUUUGGUAGAAUGCUGACUGAAGAACCUUUGUCACAGAGAGCACUAGGGUAAUCAAUGCCUCAUAUCAAGCAUGGUACUACAAACUUUCUUGGAUCAAUAUUCUUGUUCAGUAUGAUCCUCUGCCUCAUCUUCUCUAUGACCUGGUGCAACAUUCUCUCAAUGUCUUCUUCAUGCUCCUUAGUCUCUCUGAAGAACAUCCACAACCUGUGGGUAAAGUAAGCCUCCUCAAAUAGCUUAUCCAUUGGGGUCCUUAGAGUCCUCUUUGUGAAACAAUCCAUCUCCUUAUCAUUAGCUCCUCUCUUAAGAUGCUUAGGAACCUUUUCCUUCCUCUUCCUUAAGGUACUCCCUACAGUAGCCUAAUGAACUUGAAUAGACUCUGAUGCAUCUUUAGAUUGCUCACUGAUGUUGUUUAUUGAUGUCUCUGAAGGUUGAGAUGGGUUUUUGAGUGCAAUCAAUUCUGCUACAUCGAUUUUGGGUAGUUGCACUCAGUAGCAGAGAGGUGCUCGUCGGUCGAUGCCAUGCAAUGACUGUCAAUAGUUGGUUGAGUGUCUCUGUCAAUCGGCGGCUGGCUCAUGGUGCCAAAUGAUGUCUCGCGUAGUUAUACGAAAGACUUUGGGUGGGUGAGAGUGCUUACCUGCGAAAUAUUCAUGGGUCAUGAUUCUUACUGUCUCGCAUGAUGCAACUGAUUCCGUAUGAACCGUCGAUCGAUGUUGAGCAGUAGGAAUCGAACAGUGUUCAUCUGACUCCAUCGGUCGAUGUUCUUCUCUUGGUGUCGGUCGACACCAAUGUGAACUUCCAAAACUUAUAGAGCUCUCAACUUCGAAAUCUCCCUCCUGAAGUUCCUCUUCCUUGACUACUUUCCAAAAAUCAUCCACUAUGAUGGCAUUCACGUGGUACUUCCGUGUUUCAUCUCCUUUACCCUUGAUGAAGGUGUAUUGCCUCUUAACAGCCUCUCCUGUCUGAACCACUUAUGUCUCCAACUUCUUCACAUGUGAAUUAAAAGUCUCCAACUUUGUGUUCAGCUCAGUGUAGACAUCAUCUAUCUUCCCAUUGACAUUCACCAUCAGCUUCUGUUGGCUCUCAAGAACCUGAUCAAUCAUUGCUUCCAACUUGUUCUCUCGAGUCUGUGGUGUUAUGUUCUGAUAGGAAGAACUUUCAUAAGCUCUGUUUUUGUUGUUGUUGAAGUUACACCUCGGUCCAUUUCCAUAAGAGUUUAUGUAUCCAUUUUGAUUACCAGGCUUUUGACUCUGAAAACCAGUACCACUGAUGAAGUUCACAUCCUCCUCAAAAUCUCUGUCACUGUCGACAUCUACAGCCUCUACAUCCUCUGCAAAGCUAACCUGCUUCUUAAGAAGCUUGUGAACACUGUCCAACUUAGCCUUAACGUCGUCCAAUUCCUUGGGUGGCCGAUUUUCUCCUCCUAAAAUAAGUGUUCUUGGUGCUAUUUCUAGAUGCCAAGUUCUCAAUAAGUCUCACAGCCCUUCUGGAUUCCUAGUAUUGAAGUUUCCUUCGCUAGCAGUGUCCAGAGCCAUCUGAUAUGCCAGCGCAAUGCCUCUGAAGAAAGUGCUGAGCAGUUGCAUUUCAUUAAAUCCAUGGUGUGGACAGUCUCUCUGAUAGGACUUGAAUCUGAUCCAGAAGCUUCUGAAUGACUUUGUAGGCUCAUGUGUGAAUGUAGCAAUCUUGCUCCUUAAGUCCUCACCCCGUGACACAUCAAAUAAGUUACGCGGAAAUGCGUUCUUGAUGUGAGCCCAAGAUGUAAGAGAUCCUGGUAGUAACUGCUUAAGCCAGCGCAAAGCUUUUCCAAAUAGUGAGUACUUGAAGAGGUUGCAAAAGAGAUAGUCCCCAGGGACUCCAUUGGCUUUAGUGGCAGAACCAAAUCCUCGAACCACUCCAGAUGGUCCAUAGGAUGCUUGUGUGAUAAAUCACAGUAUGGUGUCUGCGCCACGAGUGUAAAGUAUUGGGGUUUCAGUUCGAAAUCGUUCAUCUAGAUAGUUGGAGGACGAAUAUCAGAUCUGUUGGCGUAGUACUGAUCUGGAUGGUUGUAGUCAGCGAAAGUUCUGGUUCGAGCAGCCUCAUCUACAACUUGAGCAGCUUGAGCGGCUUCAAUAUCAUGAUCAGGAAUUACAGCCCUCUGAUCAUCUAACCUCUGACCUGUUGCAUUACGCAGAUGACAUGAUCUCAUUCGGAACUUAUCUUCCAUGUUCACUGCGAACUUUCUUGAUCCUUCCUUUUUCAUUAAUGAGUUGCAGUGCCCAAAUUUAAAAGCAUUCAACAGUUUAGGACUUCUCUCAGAUGAACCUCAUCCAAGUGAACCUAGUUAGUCAUCCACUAGGAAAAUCACAUACUUCUUACAUGCAAUACUCUUUGUUUGCAUUGGCCCAUUAAAUCCAUGUGAAUUAGAUCAAGAGGUGCCAUGGUUUCCACAUUAGGAACCUUCCUGUGCUGAACUUUCGCUUGUUUUAUUUUUUGAUUGCACGACCCACAUAUCAUCUUACCAUCGAAAAUCAUGUCUUUUUACACAAAGUUUGUCAUGUUCCUCUGUUUCAUAUUUCUGAAUUGUCGAUGCCAUAUCAUUAAUAGAAAACUGGAACUGGUACUUCAAGAUCCUAGAUACUACUUACCUAGAACCUAUCCACAUAUCAUCUUACAAUUAGAUCUAGUGCAGAACCUACCGUCAUAGUUGUCCACAAUCCUAAGUUCAAGGUUCUAGUUAGCUACUUUAGAACACAAACAUUAACAGAAAUUCUUUGUAGGAUAUUUAUCACCUUAGCAAUUCUAUAUUUUGGCCUAGUCCCUCUUAAUCUAUUUGAACUCUAAAUCUAAUAAGUAAAUUACUCAGACAUGGCAAAGCAAUUAAAAGCAUAAACUGAAUAAAAUGCAUAAAAGAUUAGAGUUAGAAAUACUGGAGUUCCAAUAAAAUCUCUGAAGGAGUCUUGGAUCUUCUCUCCAAAUCUACUAAAAACCCUAAGUUUGUUUGCUGUGAAAAGUAGAAAGUAUGAAAGCGAGUGUUUUUAGAACAAUUGCAGAGCAUAUAAAUAUCAUGUUAAAAGCGGCCACGGGUAUUUUUGUAAAUGUGUUGUGACUUGGGAUUUAAAUCGGAUGAAAACCUAGCCGGGUCUUACGCGCUUCACUGUCAAUCGAUGGUUGUCUUUGAUUGUCAACUUUUGGACUGGUUCGAUGGUUAGCUACGGGCUUCUUUUCGUUUUAUCUCCAAAAUGCACUAAUAUCACAAGUUUCCUCAAAACUACUCAUAAAUCUGUAAAUAUAAUAAAAAGACACCAAAACAGAAUAAGUAGUUCCUAUGACACAUAUAUACCAUGGAUAAAAAUGGGUAAAAUCCAUGGUAUAUCAAAUUCACGAGAAACUCUUGUUUUUUGUCCUAUUAUCUCUAUGUUUGCUGUCAUUAAUAAAUGAGACUGGUACAAGACGAGCUAGCGUUUUGUGGUUCCUGUUUUCUUGUAGGUAAGAAUUGAUUUCUCACAUUUAAUUUGUAACAAACACUUACCUAUAUGUUUUCUGUCUCGUUUAAAUUGUGUGUUCUAUAACUAAUUAAUAACAUCUAAUAAUAUAUAUAAUAAAUAGAGAAGUUUACUCAAAUAUACAAUAUUUUAGGACAAUUGACUAGAACCAUACAAAUCUUUUUUUUAUUACUGACAUUUUUUAAAUACCAAGAGUGUCAUUUUUUAACGUUAUGAGAAAAAACGUUUCUUACGAC